AUGUUGCUGCGGUUAUUACUUUUAGCGUUAUGCUGGCAUUUCUCGGCAGCCGACAUAUUCACAUCAAUCGCACAUAUGGAAGCAUUACAAGAGGCCGAAAAAUUUGUUCCAAAAAUCAUCGAGAGCUACGUUAAGAGUGAGAUAACUCGCUUGGAGAAUCUGAGGAGAUUUGCAGCUGAAUAUCAAAAACGUAAUCAAAUGACGAUUGCAAACGGCCUCGAAAGGAUCACAAACCCGAUCAGUGCCUUUCUGCUCAUCAAAGAAUUACUCGGAAAUUGGCAGCAAGUUGAGGAUCUAAUGAAAAAGAACGAAGCACAAGGAUACAUACAAAAUAUGACAUUGAUGCGCAAUAUACGCCAUAUUCGUUAUCCAACUGAGGUAAUCUGA